AUGAUCUCGUAUGACGAAGUAGUUUUCACUAAAAGCGUCUGUUUGGACAAUGAAUAUACUCAUCUAUCAUCCAAUUCUAGUACUGUUGGUGAGGAAAAUGUUGAUCCAUUCUACGGACUAUCAUUCAAAGUGGGAGUAGCGGAGAACAAAAACACAACAUACAGAAAUAAAAUGGAAGAUGUGCAUACCUACAUUGCUAAUUUCGCCGAACGGAUUGAUUGGGGUUAUUUUGCCAUCUUUGACGGCCACGCUGGCAAAGACACUGCCAGAUGGUGUGGCAACAAUUUACAUACUUUAGUAGAGGACGAAAUCGGAGAUCUAGGCGAAGAGAAUGAAGUAACAGUAGAACAACAAGAUAUGAAGGAUAAUCUUUAUCGAAGUUUUAUAAAAGCUGAUGAAUUAAUAGAGAAGGAGGGUGUUGGAUCGUCCGGGUGCACUGCCGCAGUUGCCGUCUUACGAUGGGAACUAAAUGGCGAAGCAAACACAGAAGAAAAUACCCAAGCGAAAGCGCAAGAAAGCACAGAAGCCAGAACUGAGUCCAAAGAAAACAAUGAAUCAAAUCUGGGAUCUGAUGCCAAAAACAAAAAACCUGACAAAGUAUUUGAUUUUGUUCCUACAAAAAACCACAAACGAAUGUUGUACACUUCCAACGUAGGAGAUCUGAGAAUUGUGUUAUGUAGAUUAGGUAAACCAUACCGAUUAUCGUAUGACCACAAAGCUUCAGACAUUUACGAAAUAAAUCGAAUAAGAGAUGUAGGAGGUUUGGUAUUAAAAAAUAGAGUCAAUGGUGUAUUAGCAGUAACCAGAUCUUUAGGUGAUUCCUACAUGAAGGAUUUAGUUAUAGGUAAACCAUUUACAACAUCAACGGAAAUAACUGCUGAUGAUGAAUUUAUGAUUUUAGGAUGUGAUGGGGUUUGGGAUGUUGUGUCUGAUUCUAGAGCUUGUAAACUUGUUGCAGAUUUGUUUGCUCAAGGCAAUGACCCUAAAACUGCAGCAAAGAAAUUAUGUCAAUUAGCUAUGGACAACUCAACUACUGAUAACGUUACAGUUAUGAUUGUUAAAUUCGACAAGGGAGUAUUUAGCUAAUUUUGCAUUCAACUGCACUACUACGAUGAUAUGACAAAAAUCGAAACUACAUGCAUUUACGAUUCCCCUAAAAAUAAAAGUCAACUUGUAUAAAUAUUAAGUAUUAAAAUACAAAUAUGAUAAACUAAGUAAAAUGCUGUUUGGGUUCUAUAACUUCACUUUCAUCCAUUUGGAAAUCACUAGCUUUGAAUUUGGGUCUGUAAAAUUUCAAUGCCAAACUGCUUAAAACAACACUCACGGAAGAUAACGCCAUAGCAGCACUGGCCCAAACUGGAUCCAAUCUUGAAUUAUGGUAUGGAUAAAUAACACCAGCAGCAAUAGGUAACCCAAUCAUAUUAUAAACCAAACUCCAUCCAAAAUUAAAUUUAACUCUUCUAAACACGGUUCUUGAUAAAUCAAACAAUGUUACUAAUGAAAGCAAAGGGAAUGAUUUGUUUAAUAAUAUAAAAUCACUUGAUGUAAUGGCUAAAUCAGCGCCUGACGAAAGAGCAAUCCCAACAUCAGCACUUGCCAUUGCUGGAGCAUCAUUAAUACCAUCACCAACCAUAGCUAUAACCGGCUUAUUUUUGAUUUGACGGAUUCUUUUAAUUUGUAAUUCUUUUUCAUCGGGUAAUACUUCACUAACAACAUUUUUGAUUCCAAUUUCUUUAGCUAUUGCUUCAGCCGUUAAUUGAUUAUCACCAGUGAUCAUCCAACAGUCUAUGUUUUUGUUUUGUAAAAAUUCUAUAACUUUUUUAGCUUCUGGCCUAAUAUCAUCACGAGCUGCCAUCAUUAAUACCAAGUGGAAGAACUUGUCUUUGUAUAAUUUCUCACAUUUCAAACCAACUAAAAUAACUGAUUUACGACCAGUUUUCCAUUCAGUUAUGAGUUCGGUUUGGGACUGGGUUAAGUGCACUCCGUAAUCUUCAACUAAUUUUUCAUUCCCAAGAAUAGCUUCUUCAGGUUGAUACUCCUUCCAUAGCUCAUCAUCUUCCUGGGAUACUAUCUUACCCCUCAAUCCCUUCCCAGGAACAGUCUCAACUUGGGGAAUCUUGUUACCAGAUAAUGAACCACCAAAUCUGUCGAUAAAAAACCUAACAGCUUUAGCCAAGGGAUGGUUGGAAGCAACUUCCAAAUCUCUGGUGACUUGCAAAGCAAACUGCUUAUCGACAUCCAGUUUAGUGAUGAAUGAAUAAUCAGUAAUUGUCAAUUCACCUUUCGUCAAUGUCCCAGUUUUAUCAAAACAGACUACAUUAGUACUGGCUCCAUCUUGGAAAGCAACACCACCUCCUUUAGCCAAAAUCCCAUACUUUGCAGCCAAUCCAGAUCCAACAAAUAAUGCUGUAGGUGCAGCUAAACCAAUACCACAAGGACAGGCAAUAACAAUCACGGCUAUGGCAAAUUCCAAUGACCAUACUGUCCAUCCACCGAUAUCUAUAUCCAAGUAGCUCUCGGGUAAUGCUCCGGAAUAACCUAAACUUAUCCAGAUGAUCCAUGUAAUUAUACUCAAGAAUAUGAUAACAGGCACGAAUGAACCCGUUAUUAAAUCGGCUGUUCUUUCCAUCGGAGCUUUUCUUAGUUGACCGUCUCUCACUGUGGUGACAAUUUGACUUAAUAACGAAUCGGCUUCCAACGACGUAACUUUAGCUACAAUUGAAGUUGAGCUAAUGUUCACAGUACCAGAGAAUAUUUGAUGUCCAGUCAAAUGUUUCACAGGGGUAGAUUCACCGGUUAAUGCCGAUUCGUCGAACUCAGCAUUACCUUCAACAAUGACACAAUCCACUGGUGGUGAUUCACCGGUACCAAUCUUAAUAUAAUCACCAACCUCCAACAAUUCGAUGUCAACCCUUUGGGCAUUAUCUCCACUCUUAUCAACUAAUGUAGCUUGCCUUUCUUGCAAAUUGGCCAACUGAGAUACAGC